GAAGCUGUUCCCGGGAGCGGAAGUAGCGGGUGGCUCGCUAGCGUGAGUGAGGACCGCGUGUACCGUGCUACUGCUCCAGCCCGUGCGGCUCUGGUGGGCGUGGGCUGGAGGAAUGCGGACCCGACUUCUCGGUUUUUAACUUGGUCUGAAAAUGAGCAAGCGCAGGAAGCGUCCAGCUCAGCAGCCAGCGAGCCCCGAGACCUUCAGCCCAGACGCUCUCAAUGCCGUGUCUGAGCUCUUCGCCAAGAACUUUUCCUACUGUAAGCCACUCGAUCACGAGUGGCAGUUACCAGCUCCCGCCGAGAGCUUCACCUGCGAGCACGUCGAGUUCCAAGCUUUCCUUGACUUGAAGAACUCCCUGAACGCAGUGAAAAACCUCCUGUGCGAUAAGGAGCUGGACGGCUGGCACAGGCACACCGCCUUCACCAACAGGGCGGGGCAGAUCAUCGCCCACGUGAGAAAGGCCGUGAACGCAGAACUCUGUACUCAGGCCUGGUGCAAGUUCCAGGAGAUCUUGUGCAGUUUCCCACUUAUCCCGCAGGAAGCUUUUCAGAGUGGAAGACUGAAUUCUCUGCACCUGUGUGAAGCCCCAGGCGCUUUCAUAGCCAGCCUCAACCAUUACUUAAAAUCCCACCGGUUCCCCUGUGAAUGGAGCUGGGUAGCAAAUAGCCUGAACCCAUACCACGAGGCCAACGACAAUCUUAGGAUGAUUACGGACGACCGGCUGAUUGCAAACACCUUGCACCGCUGGUACUUCGGCCCAGAUAACACUGGUGAUAUCAUGACCCUGAAGUACCUGACCGGGCUUCAGGACUUCCUCAGCGGCACAUCUCCCAUUCACUUGGUCACUGCUGAUGGGAGUUUUGACUGCCAGGGAAACCCAGGCGAACAGGAAGCUUUAGUCUCCCCUUUGCAUUACUGUGAAGCUGUCACUGCUCUGACCACCCUUGGAGAUGGUGGCUCUUUUGUUCUAAAGAUGUUUACGUUGUUUGAACACUGUUCUGUGAACCUCAUGUACCUGCUAAAUUGUUCCUUUGACCAAGUUCACGUUUUCAAACCUGCUACUAGCAAGGCGGGAAACUCAGAAGUCUACGUGGUGUGUCUCUGCUAUAAGGGAAGAGAGGCUAUUCGUCCUUUGCUAUCUAGGAUGGUGUUGAACUUUGGCACUGAGAUGACCAAGAAGGCGCUCUUUCCCCAUCAUGUGAUCCCCAAAUCCUUUCUUGAGCGACACAGAGAGUGUUGUACACUCUUCCAUAGAUACCAGUUAGAGACUAUCUCUGAGAACAUUCGUCUUUUUGAGUGCAUGGGGACGGGGGAGCAAGAGAAACUGAAUAACUUAAGGAACUGUGCUGUACAGCAUUUUAUGCAAAAGUUCCAACUGAAGCCCCUUUCUAGAAAUCACUGGCUCGUCAAAAAAUCCACUCUUGGCUGCAGUACAAACACAAAAUGGUUCGGACAGAGAAACAAGUAUUUUAGAACCUAUAACGAACGGAAGAUGCUGGAAACCCUUUCGUGGAAGGAUAAAGUAGCCAGGGGAUUCUUCGAUAGUUGGGCGGAGGAACAUGUCGUCUAUCACCCCGGGCAGAGCCCCCUCCUAGAAGGGAGUGCUUCCAGCCUCGAGUGCCACUUGUGGUGCAUUCUAGAAGGCAAGAAACUGCCGAAGGUGAAGUGUUCUCCUUUCUGUGAUAGUGAAAUUUUAAAGACUCUUAAUGAAGCCAUUGAGAAGUCCUCAGGAGAAGCUUUGAGUGUGGAGUCCAAGGUCAGUCCCAAGCAGCAAUACCGCUGUUGCCAAAUCUUCUCGGAAGAAUCGGUGUUAUCCGAGUUGCUGAGCCUUACCAAGUGCCUUCAGGAAGAGCAGGGUGUAGAACCCAGCAACCCCAUCAGGUGCCUGCUUGUGGGUUCACCCACUGUCCGCGAUCUCCAAAUGUACACGGCCCUGGAAGUCCAGCUUCUGGAGUCCGUCGAACUUACUGCCUUCAGCUGUUCACUGCUCCAUGACGGUGACCCCGCCUACCAACAUUUGUUUUUGAAUUGCCUGCUACACUCCCUGAAGCAGCUUCACUCGGGAGAUGUGAUGAUUUUGCCCAUCCUUUCCUGCUUCACAAGGUUUAUGGCUGGCUUGACCUUUGUCCUCCACAGCUGUUUUAGAUUUAUCACAUUCUCUUGUCCCACAUCGUCUGAGCCCCUCAGGACCUGUGCUGUCCUGCUAUGCAUUGGUUAUCAGAACCUUCCAGAUCCAGUUUUUCAGUUUCUGCAGAACGUUAACGAACUCUUGGGCACUUUGCUCCACCCCGGUGCCCCCCAGCAGGUUUUACAGUUUGUACCAAUGGAGGUGCUCCUUCAGGGGACACUGCUUGAUUUUUUGUGGGAUCUGAAUGCUGCCAUUGCUAAAAGGCAUUUGCAUUUGAUUAUCCAAGGAGAGAGAGACAAAGUCAUCAGCAGCCUCGAGUUGUAAAAUUGAACAUGGCGUUGUUGAUGUGUCGUUUUGCAACUUAACACUUUGAUUCCAUUUUACCUGCCCUAUUUAUUUAAUAAUUUUCAUCUUGGAGAAAUGCCAGUUUGUGUAUUAAAGGACAUUAAUUAUGGAAAGUCAUAGCUUGUUCUGAUCAGAAGGACAUAGGACUGGUAGGUACAGCGUUUUUGUGGUAGGAACCAUGCUCUGAUGGUGUCCAGCCUCUAAUCAUGUGACAUCCGUGUGUGCUCGGGGUGACUACACGCUUGCUUGCAUAUGCAGCUGAGCUGGUCUUAUCCAGCCUAGCACCGUGUGCCUUCAUCCAGACAUCAUCCCCCCACUGAUUCCUCUCUGUCUGAUGCUGUUAAUGGUGAGGUUAGUCAUGACAGGAGGUGAGUCACUCUUGGCCACCGCUCUUUACCUGGAAACACUUGACACAUCUGGAUUUCAGGGAUCUCUAUACCAGGUUUCUUGAUAAGUGCCGUUCCCUGCUUUUAGAUUGAUGGUUCGGUUUUCUUUGAAUUGAUGUGAAAUACGGAGUUUUUGUGUGACUUUUUGCGAGCUAUAAGUAUCCAACCAAUCAAGCCAAAACCAAAGGUCAUUUCUGUACAGUGAAGAUUGUGUCUAGCACUCCUUUGUUGUGAAAAGCUUCCUUCAGCAAUGUUGGCAUUUUCAUUGUCCUGGAAAGAUGGUUCUAAGGCUCGUGUAAAGUCUCCUGUGGGUGACAGCAGAGUGCGGUGGUCACGGAGAACACUUGAGGGAAAUGUAACACUUCCAGAAUGACAGCUGGACACAUUGUUAAUCUUUGCCGUUUAUUUUUUUCAGUACGAAAAUAGCACUUUACUAAGAUUAUCCGUGAGAUAGAUAUUUUAUCAAUUUUAUUUGAUUUUGUUGAGUAAUAUAUAUUUAAUAAUAUAGUGAACUUUUCUAGCAACAGGUUAAUUCUUCAUCACUUUAAAGUUUUUAGAUGUCAUGUAAAUGUUUAGGUAUUUUCUGUUCCUUAAAAACAUAGAAGUAUUCUGCCAUGUAUCCAGUUAAUAAAUUUUUCAUGCUCUUCUAUUUUUGAGUUCCAUUACAAUUCACAAAUAAAGCCUUCAGCAG